GGUUUCCCGAGUCGGACUGCAGGGUCACCGCGCCCAUCUCUGUUCUCUGAUGGCCGGAUGAGAAGUAUAACUGGAGAAAAGUGUUCCUUGAAGGAAAAGCAACGGGAAGUGGCGGCCGUCGGACUUGCAAUCAGAUCAAAUUUGGCCCAAGGACUUAAAUGCCAGAAAAUUGACGCAGCAGUUGAGAUAUCUUGUUAAUACAUUUCAAACGUGGCAUUAAUUUUCGCCUUCUGCAUCGAAUUAUUUGAAAGCUGAACUCAUUAUUGAGGCGCCGCUCCUCCGACUGAGGCUAGUUAGCUUAGCGAGCUAGCUCGUUCUUGUUCGUUUAUGCGUGGAUUUUUACAGAAACACGGUGCUUUCUUUCGGUCAAUGCCAUAUAACGCAAGGCCAACUACGACUGAAUACAGAUCAGCGUGUGUCCCGGCAGUAGGAGUGAGGAAGAGCUUUAGAAGAAGAAAAUGAGUGAACUGGAUCAGUUACGCCAGGAGGCUGAGCAGCUGAAAAACCAGAUCAGAGAUGCGAGGAAAGCCUGUGCAGAUGCCACACUAUCACAGAUAACGGCUAACAUCGACCCCGUGGGGAGAAUCCAGAUGCGCACAAGGCGAACACUGAGGGGACAUCUGGCUAAGAUCUAUGCUAUGCACUGGGGCUCUGACUCCAGGCUGCUGGUCAGUGCAUCCCAGGAUGGUAAACUCAUUAUUUGGGACAGUUAUACUACAAACAAGGUCCAUGCUAUCCCACUGCGCUCAUCCUGGGUGAUGACAUGUGCCUACGCUCCCUCAGGAAACUACGUGGCCUGCGGAGGCCUAGAUAACAUUUGCUCCAUCUACAGCCUGAAGACCCGCGAAGGCAAUGUGCGCGUCAGCCGUGAGCUUGCUGGACACACAGGUUACCUGUCCUGCUGUCGUUUCCUUGACGAUAACCAGAUUGUCACAAGUUCUGGUGACACCACCUGUGCGCUCUGGGAUAUAGAGACUGGUCAGCAGACAACCACUUUCGCAGGUCACACUGGAGAUGUGAUGAGCCUGUCCUUGGCUCCAGAUUCGAGAACCUUUGUCUCAGGAGCUUGCGAUGCCUCUGCUAAGCUGUGGGAUGUGCGCGAGGGCAUGUGCAGACAGACCUUUACUGGCCACGAGUCCGACAUCAACGCCAUUUGUUUCUUCCCUAAUGGCAAUGCAUUUGCCACCGGCUCAGAUGACGCCACUUGCCGGCUAUUUGACCUGCGUGCGGAUCAGGAGCUAAUGGUUUACUCACAUGACAACAUCAUUUGUGGCAUCACCUCAGUGGCUUUCUCCAAGAGCGGCCGCCUGCUGCUCGCCGGCUACGAUGACUUCAACUGCAAUGUUUGGGACAGCCUGAAGGCCGACCGUGCAGGUGUGUUGGCUGGCCAUGACAACCGUGUCAGCUGUUUGGGUGUGACUGAUGAUGGCAUGGCUGUGGCUACAGGGUCCUGGGACAGCUUCCUCAAGAUCUGGAACUGAUCUCAGAAGGUGCUUUUAACACAACAUAUCCGACACAAUGUCAUUUGAACUCCAAAGUUGACUGGAAGAUCAUUCCAACUUUAGAAUGUUAAAUUUCACAGCAUUGUCAACAACAAAACUGACUCAGACACCACCACAAAAAGAAAGAAAAGAAAAAAAACUUCUAAGGAAAAACAAUGCCUUUCCUACACAAAGAAGAGCACAGUUUGUUCUAUCACCCACCUUAAAAAAAGAAGAAUUCCUGUGGUAUCAAAAUGAAUAACUUUGUGCAUUCCCUUUCAGACCAUCCUGUGUCACCCUGACAAACACUAUCAUCCCAUGCUUAUGUCUCAUGUGUCUAGAAAGCAAAUGUUGGAGUGUAAUUGUACAAAUUAUUUAACUUUUAUUUCUUUUUAGACUUUUAUCAGGCUUUUUGUUAUUCUUGGAUCUAUUUUCCUUCAUAACAUUCUUUUUAGAUAUGUUCCAGCCUAAACAAAACAAAACUUUUUUUUUUAAUCCUGUAAAAUUAUGGGUGAAUGAUGGAGGUAAAAUAACGUAAUAGAGGCUCAGAUUAGUCAUGGAAGGAAUAGCAGCCUUUUCUAAAGAUUUUUUUUUUUAGUUUUUUCCUCUUCUUUUUUUUUCUUUUUUUUUUUUUUAAAUGGUGCACUAGAUUGCCCUCAACUGUGUGUGUGUGUGCCUACGCGCAUGACUGUUAGAAGUGUGCGUAUGCGUGUAAGUAAUCUUCAUGAGCGUUUCUUUAGAUGCUGUAAGAGAGAGUCUGCUCACUCGUCAAGUCAUGAUUCAUAGUGUUGGGCAACUUGGCAGACCCAAGCAGCUUUCAACUGUUCACUUUGUUAAAAGCUUGCUGAGCGGUCAGCAAUUACUUGGUAAUAAGAACAGCCUUAGUUUUCUGCCUUAUAUGUGCAUUAGUUAACUUUUGAUGUGAAUAACGGUCUUUUUGUCCUUGAAGAGAAAAGAAAACGCCAUAAUUAUGCCAUAUCUUUUAAGCCUUUUACCAUUUCUGAGUCCGAGGUACUCGCGUCAUUUAUCUCCAAAUGGCUGCUUGUAAAUACGAGUAUCUGACUUGCACGCGAAUGCAGCAUUAUAUCCUAGCUACUUUUCUUUCCGGUCUUUGUCAGCUUUGUUUGCACAAUAAGAAACUUGACUAAUGUUUUAUGCGUUAACUAACCAAGCACAUGUCAUUAAUCACAUCAAGAGUGAAUUUUAACAAAGAAAAUAAAAUUUACAACCCAGUCCUCUUUUUCAUAGAGGUUCUUUGUUUGAGCUAACGAAGCAUCUCUUCUGGUUUUACUCUUUCUGUUGGAGUUACUUUUUUUUUUGCGUUUGUGACGCCUCAGUCAAAGGAUGGUCUUUUAUUGGUGUGGCUGAAUAGAUUGUGGGGCAGAAGGCCCUUCCCACAUCCCCUCUCCUAAAAACAGAUAGCCCUGUUUCUGUGCUUGAAAAUGCAGGUAAUAAUCUGUGAAUGAAAUGUUGUACAAAUCAAUGUCUGAAAAUAAUUCUUAAAACUUUAACCUUUUUGUUCAUCUGCCAUGAAGUAACAUAGUCGCAUGCUGUAGAAAUGCUUAAGCAGGUGCUUGUUUCUUUUUGAUCUACUGAUCUCUGCUACGAUGGUGAAAUGUGGUAAGACCUUGUAACAGCUGAAGCUUAAUUCCACUCAUUUCUCUCCCACGCCAUGUACACAUUGUUUACUUUUCCUGGCAAAGCUAUGCACCCAAGUGUAAAACUGAAUGAAACAUUUCCUGUAGAAUUUCUCUGCCCUCUGCUCCAGUACCGAUUCUUCAAAUGUUCAACGGUGACAGACAUCUGUUCUGCAACAGUUUAGUCUCAUUUUCACUCAAAUUCUUCAAAUUAACAGAGGAAUGGGUCCAAAGAAACUGUUCUGGCCUCCUGUGUUUAGAAAAUGGCAUCUGAAAUGGCAGAUUUUUCUACCCCAACCUCCAACACACCUUUCCCCUCUCCCCUACUGUAAACAGAUGCACUUUCUUUGAUAGUUGUGACUUUUUUUUUUUUAAAUGUUUUUUUUUCUUCUCUCUCCCUCUCUCUCUGCGAUAAUGUACAAUAAUUGUGAUGUAUUUGUGUGUGCUGCCACCAGUAAAGAUUAAUUACAGUUCAAUUAAAAUGGAUUCCCCACUUUA